AUGUCCAUCCUGAAGUCUCUGGAUGACCGCAUCUCUCUCUACGGCGAACGACCGCGAGACCUGACCCCGCUGAGCGCGCUCAAUGAAGUGUGCAAAGCGAAAGACCUGUACACGCAGGAGCCACAACACAUGGCGCCGUACCUUCCUGACAAGCUGAAGGUGACGAAGGGCGCCACCACCCCUCUCCCUUUAGAGUCCGUGCUCCCUGCCGGCGCUCUGCGGCUGGCGACGGACUUCAAGAAACACGUGUUGAAGAGUGAGAGUGAGCUUGAGGCAGAUCGUUUGAGAGGCGUCUCUGUCACCCCGUACUGGUGUCCGGACCUGCGGCGCUCAAAGCAGUGCCGCCGCGAGUUGUUCGCCACGCUGUACGACCGCCAGCUUCUCACCUUCAGGCGACGCAUCUUUUCGAGGGUCUCGAUCUUCUUCGUCUGGAAGAAGACAGGUAUGACCAGGCUGAUCGUGGACGCCCGCUCGACCAACGAGAAGUGCCGGAUGCCCCCUCACACUGACUUGGGCACGAUCGCCGCCUUGGCGGACGUGGAUCUCAGCUUGGCCGAGCUCUCCGAUAUCGCGGACGCCGAGUUGAGCACCGAGGAGGAGGCCGAGCUUCUCAAGGGGCAGGGCGGGCUUUUCGCUCUUCCUUUCUCUGGGAGCUCUCUGGACGUGGUCGACGGCUUCUACCAGUUUGACAACUGGCGUAUGGCGAGCUGGUUCGGGAUGGAUGAUCCCGACGAGGCAGGCGUCUACGGAGUCACCGAGGUCUGGGAUGACGACCUCGAGAAGAUGGUGCCGGUGCAGCCCACUGACAUCGUGUACCCCUGCUUCAGAGCGCUUAGCAUGGGUUUUACGUGGGCUCUCUAUUUUUGUCACUCAGCUGUGGAGCAUAUCGUCGCUGCCGGGGUCCCUGGAGGCGCCUCUCGCGCUGCUCGGGAGAAGCAUCGGGCGCCGCGGGCCUCGUUUGCAAGCCCGAUCACCUCGACCUACGUCGACAACGCUGCCCUGCUGUCUGCUAAUACCAGUACUUCAGACCUUCAGACUGUUCUUCACCAGUUCUCUGCGCGUGACAUGCGCACACACGACAUAGUAGAGCACACCUUUGCGCUAGAGCACUUGGGCGCCGUCUUCGACGGACAUCGGCGUCUUCUGCAUCACCAGCCGCGCCGAGUGUGGCGGGUGUACCUGGCCGGCAAAGAACUACUCCGACGUCGGCGACUUCGAGGUGAAGUUCUUCGAGUCUGGAUCGGCCACGUGGUGCACCUCUUCAUGCUCAACAGGCCGGCGUUGUCCUGUCUGUGGGCAGUCUACCAGUUCAUCCAGCAUGCACUCGAGCGGCGUUGCCGGGUGUGGGGCUCUGUGCGCCAGGAGAUCAAAGUGAUUCUGGGUCUAGUCUUCCUCUGCCAGCGCGACUUGAGUGCCCCGCGUUUGCGGAUGGCCUACUGCUCUGACUCCUCUGACUUGGGGUGCUGCUUGGCGGUCACGAGCGCCUCGGAUGCGGAGCUCAGGGAGGCGGCAGCCUAUCACGAACGAUGGCGUUUCAUCGAGGAUCGGUCGGACCCGCGGUGCGAGCUGGCCCCCUACCUCGAGCUCUGCGACAGCGCGGGCCUCUCGCCUCUGGGGGGCUCGCCAGAGCCGUGGCGUGAGGAUCACGUGCCACCCGCCAAAGUGACAGGCUCGCCCCUGGAGGAGUUCGCCGAGCACUUCGAGAGCGAGUCCUGCGGGAGGAUCCUCGUCAGGUGCCCGCACUCGCGCUGGAAGACCCUAUUCGAACGGAAGUGGAAUGACCCUACUGAGCACAUCAACACCAAGGAAGGCAGGGUGAUGCUGGCGGGGCUUCGGCGUGCCUGCCGCAACCCGCGCUGCCACAAGAAGCGGCUCCUCUCCCUCUCCGACAGCCUGGUCGCCUGUUGCGCCUUUGAUCGAGGGCGUGGGCGAGGCACGGAGAAGACCAACUGGGGCCUUCGCUAUCUUGGCCAACGGGCAGCAGCUCUGCAGAUCGCCUGCGACAUCCAGUGGGCGACUCGGCACCUCGAGGGAGUUCGCAACCCCGCGGACGCGGGCUCUCGCCGUUUUGACGGAGGUGCUGACCCGACGGAGAAGGCACGCAACCUCGGCUUGGAGCGGGGCGGUCACGACAUGGCCAUCGUCCGCGCCUCCUGCCGGGUCCGUCCUUCGGGUGGCGCGUCAGGCGCGCUGGCCCGUCUUUUGCACUUGCCAGGCGUCGCUGCUGCACGAGCGGCGCCCGCUGCCUCGAGGAAAAAGAAGGCGUACUUCCUGUCCCUCUGGGGCUCAGGCCCCCUCUCCGGGCUCAUCAAGGAGGCCCUCACCAUCGAGUACGGCGCCCCGCAGGACUUCUACGGGGCCUCCCACGGGCACUUCAAGGGCUUCAGCGUGUUCUUCGGCUCCCGACAGGACCUCCUCGGGGACUCCAUCAAGGCCUCCAAGCCCAAGGGCUACGACUUGAACCGCACACUGCGCGUUAGGAGAGGGGCGAUCUUUCUGGAGUUGUUCGCGGGCCACGAGGGCCUCACCAGGGCCGUGGCCUCUCUAGGCGUUCCAUGUGGAGAAGGUAUCGAGCUCUCGAAAGGCCCCGAGUAUGACCUCUUGGAUCCCGGCGUCAGAUGUCCUGGCGGCCACGUCCACACGGUUGUGACGGGUAAGUUCUAUCUCUGGAAUGCUGACAAGCAGGCAUAUCGAUGGGGCUUUGACCAGUGGAAGUCGGCCCCGCACGUCGGCGACGAGCUCGACAGGGUCCCGGGCAGGCUCAUCGCUUACGUCGGCCAGCAGUGGCGCGACCUUGCGCGCUCCCGCGCAGAGGCGGAGGUGGGCGAGUUCGAGGCUUGGGCAGCUGGCAGGGUGCGCAGCCUCCGCACGCACGAGGCGGCAGACUCUGCGAUGUCGGACUACUUCGAGUGGCUCUACGCCCAGAGAGAGCAGCCCCAGCUUGGCAGGUGGGCCCUGUACGGCUACGCGCUGCUGAGGCUCUCGCAUCUGGGCCGCGGAGGGCACGUCCUGCCCAGGGCCAAGGCAGCUCUUCGAGGUUGGAUUCGCCAGAUGCCCGGUCGUAUCCGUGACCCUUGUCCCAUCGAGGCGGCCUGGCUGAUAGUUCAGUGGCUUCUUCUCAAGAAUCAAGCUUUCUACUUCUGGUGUGCUCUUGCUGUGGUGUUGCAAGUGGAUACCUAUGUCCGCCCGGGCGCCCUGAUGGAUAUCAAGCGAGAAGACCUACUGCCCCCAAUUCGCCAACGUGGCUCCCGCUACACCGAUUGGGGCCUCGUUCUUUCUCCCAGCACCCGGGCCGGCAAGACCAAGUCCGGCGAGCAAGAUGACACGUUGAUCAUUGGUAUCCUCGACCGCACCUUUGUGAAGGAUGUAGCCGCUUUCUUGCAUGGGUCCGCUCACGAUGGUGAGCGAGUCUUCCGCCACCUCACACUUCCGUCAUACGAGAAGUCCAUCAAAGAAGCCUCAGAGGCGCUGGAGCUGAAUGCCCUGAGGAUUGUGCCGCAUUGUUUCCGACACACUGGCCCCUCGACCGAUGCCUAUCUCAAAUCCCUCAGCAUCCAGCAGAUUCAAGACCGUGGAAAAUGGAAGUGUCCCGCCUCGGUGAGGCGAUACGAGAAGCACGCAACUCUUCUACGUCAGUUGCACAAAAUGACACCCCGCCAGCGGCGGGAGGCUAUUGCUGCCGGUCGUCAACUCCCGGACCUGCUCAAGCACGCUUUUCGCCAGUAUCUUUAA